GCACCUCGGCUGUUCGCCCUCCCGCCGAGCUCCGCCAGCACCGCCGGCCGCCAGCACCCAGAGGUCCCACCUCCCGCUGGUCAAAGGCGGGGCCGCGUCUGCGCGGGAGCGCUGCUGAGGCGCCGCCGCUGUGCGGGCAGGCGGGAGCGGGGCCGGGGCCGGCGUGCAGGUAAUGUAAUCAUUUCAGUCAUACAUGAGAGAGGAAGCCGGCAUGUCAGCUCUUUGCCCACCACCGUCCCCUGCAGUUGCUAAAACAGAGAUUUCUUUGAGUGGUGAGUCACCCUUAUUAGCUGCCACUUUUGCUUACUGGGACAAUAUUCUUGGCCCCCGAGUCCGGCAUAUCUGGGCCCCAAAGACAGAACAGGUCCUUCUCAGUGAUGGGGAAAUUACUUUCCUUGCUAACCACACCCUGAAUGGAGAAAUACUUCGGAAUGCAGAAAGCGGUGCAAUAGAUGUGAAGUUCUUUGUCUUGGCAGAAAAAAGGGUAAUCAUUGUGUCAUUGAUCUUUGAUGGGAACUGGAAUGGAGACAGAAGCACAUAUGGACUAUCAAUUAUACUUCCACAAAGUGAACUUGGCUUCUACCUGCCACUCCACAGAGUGUGUGUGGAUAGACUAACACAUAUUAUAAGGAAAGGAAGAAUAUGGAUGCAUAAGGAGAGGCAAGAACAUUUCCAGAAGAUUGUCUUAGAAGGCACAGAGAGAAUGGAGGAUCAGGGCCAGAGCAUCAUUCCAAUGCUGACGGGAGAGGUCAUUCCAGUAAUGGAGCUCCUUUCAUCUAUGAAAUCACACAGUGUUCCAGAAGAAAUAGAUAUAAGUGACACAGUGCUCAAUGAUGAUGACAUCGGGGAUAGCUGCCAUGAAGGCUUUCUCCUUAAUGCAAUUAGUUCACAUCUGCAAACCUGCGGUUGUUCUGUAGUUGUAGGGAGCAGCGCAGAAAAAGUUAAUAAGAUCGUGAGAACCUUGUGUCUGUUCCUUACGCCGUCAGAGCGGAAGUGUUCCAGACUCUGUAGAAAUGAAUCUUCUUUCAAAUAUGAGUCAGGACUUUUUGUUCAAGGUCUUCUCAAAGAUGCAACAGGAAGCUUUGUGUUGCCCUUCCGUCAAGUAAUGUAUGCCCCAUAUCCUACCACACAUAUAGAUGUGGAUGUCAACACAGUGAAGCAGAUGCCCCCUUGUCAUGAGCACAUCUAUAACCAGCGACGAUACAUGAGAUCAGAGCUGACAGCCUUUUGGAGAGCUAAUUCAGAUGAAGAAAUCUCUCAGGAUCAUAUUAUCCACACAGAUGAGAGCUUCACACCUGAUUUAAAUGUCUUUCAAGAUAUCCUGCAUCGGGAUACAUUAGUAAAAGCCUUCCUGGAUCAGAUCUUUCAUCUGAAGCCUGGCUUGUCUCUAAGGAGUACUUUCCUUGCACAUUUUCUGCUAGUCCUUCACAGAAAAGCCUUAACUUUGAUAAAGUACAUAGAGGAUGACACGCAAAAAGGAAAAAAGCCUUUUAAGUCUCUUCGUAGCUUAAAGGUAGAUCUUGAUUUAACAGCAGAGGGCGAUCUCAACAUAAUAAUGGCUUUGGCAGAGAAGAUCAAACCAGGUCUGCAUUCCUUCAUCUUCGGGAGGCCGUUCUACACUAGCGUACAGGAGCGCGACAUGCUCAUGACGUUCUGAAGUUCUCCACCGCUAACGUGUGAUGUUGCAGCCUUGCACGGCAUGAAAAGAAAUCUACCAGUGUGGCUGCCACGCUUGUGACAAUCAUCGACUCGACUGAGAAUGGAGCAUUUAGGAGCAUAGGAACACUACAGUCUCUCCAAAGCAGGAGGGGCUCUUGUUAGGGGAAAUAUCGACUUAGCUCGAGAAACGUGCGUUUAAUGAAACAUCUCUUCUGUGUGUUUCAGUUUUUUUAGCAGUGAAUGUAACGAGAGGUUCCAUUAUCAUAGAGACUCAGCAGCGAAAUUUGAACAGAUUUUCGUGUAUGAUAAAGGAAAGCAUUUUAAUUUUCAUUCCCCAGAAAAUUCCUUCAGGUGUAUUGUCAGCUUUUCCUCCUCUCUGUGUCAGUAUUUUCAGUGACUCCACAGAAAACAAUGCCUGUGUCCUCUGUAAUCAUGGAGGUUGCAGAAUAAGGGCCAUCAGGCAUUUCAAAGAGUUUUUAAAGUGGUUUUUUUUUUAUUUUUUUAAGUUGUGGUUUUUUUUUUAAUGUACGUGGUACAAGUCUGAAGUGUCUUCCCUCCUCUCCCUUUUUAACACUACUGGCUCUUUCAUGUAGAGCAUUCAAACGUUGGGGAUUUUUAAAGUGCUCCAAAGUGCUAUUCUUGUAUGCAAACCGCUCAUUAGAAGCCUAAGUAGCAACGCUCUGCACGUGAGAACUAGGUCAUUAUUUCAUCAGCUUUGUGCAUGUAAGUGCCAACCAGGAUGCUUUGUCACAGAUUGCUGGGCCAUCCUGCAGUGAAGUGUUCGGUGAUCCAGCAUAAUUGAGCUCUUUCAAAAACACAAAACACCAAAGUUGUGUCAUUCAGCAGCAGUUGUCAGUCUUUCUGUCUGUAAACCACUGCUGUUUUUUUCCAUUGUCACUUAGAAUAGAGUUCAGAUUAAAGUAUUAGACCUUCCCAAAGAACACCAAGGUGAUAGCCAAAAUAAAAGAUAAAACAAUCGUUUAUGGUUUUAUUUACAUUGCCAUUAAUGUAUUUAGUAAUCCUUAGAUCAAAGAUGAGCACAGCUAUGAACUGAUAUGGUUAGCACUUUACCUAAGUGAAUUCUAGUCAGUAAUCUUGCCAGUCUUUGCUCACUUCGCACAUCUCUGACUUCUCUUUGCUUGAAAAUAAAAGCACAUUUUUUAUUUGUAUGCCUCAACCUUCCUUCUGCUGAAGCAUGCAGAGCAGCUUGGUGUUAGGUUAAUCCAGACUCAUUUGGCAUAUGGAUGUUAUGUGUUAUUUGAUAUCAGUGGUACAUCUGUACUACAUGUUGUUGUGUUUCUUCUCUUUUUAUGUUUCUUGUCUUUUUGGACAAAUGCAGGAAUACUUUUGUCGUGCUUUAGUAUAGCCUCAUAAAUCGAUAUUCAUUGUGAAAGAGCUGCACUUGUGAUUGGAAAAGCCACAGCUGCUUUGUUCCUUAAAUUGUUCAUAAGACUCCUUGGCAAACAAGUUUCUGGUUUUGAGAUAGCUGUUUGGUGUUGACAAAAAUAACUGUUUAGUUAACAAAAGUUAGAUUCAUAACUUUGCCUGAAAUGUCCAGUACUCAGCUUUCUAAAAGGAACACCGUCCUCUGCUUAAGUGUCUAGAAUCUUGGAGAGCCAAAGAUUCACAAUUUAAUAUUUAGAGCUUCUGGAGGACAUGGAAUAGAGCCACAGCUGCACACCACUAUUGUGACUGAAGAUCACCAGCAUUACCUGGUUGAAUAAGCAACCACCUUUUGUGGACCCCUUUUUUGGCUCUCUAUGUGUGUAGGACUUUUGCAGGGAGCUCUAUGCUUCAUCAAAAGAACUCAGAACUCUGCUGGCAUUAAGUUACUUGCGCUGAGAUUCUGUUUGCCUUCCUGCUACUAUUAGUUCCUGUGAUUCUGUGUUUUAAAUCAGAUCCGUUAGAAAAAGCCAGAUUGUGCUAAUUUUUACUUCUUAUGUCUAAGAUUGUGGGGAAAAUGUAAUAAAUACUGCUGAAACUUCUAAUGUAGAAGUAAUGAAGUCUAAAGAGCUUUAACUGUGCUGCUGAAAUCAAUCACUUCAGCUUGAUAGGCUUUGGAAACAUACCACUGACACUACUAACAGUAAAGCUGUGUUGUUUACUGAAGAUGCUGUCACUUUUUGAAAUUACUAAAAUCUGGAAGACUUCUCAGUUGCUACUUUUGUUGCACAGCUGUCACAAGUGCACUGUCACAAGUGCAGAAUGUAUAGUGAAGUAAGUUAUUAAAUACAUCUGCAUGUUGUGUUGUAAAUCUUGCUCAGGAAACAAAGUAAUAAAAUUCAUGCACAAUUUUUGACUUCA